AUGCCUGCGCAGGGUGUGCCACCAGUGCAAAUCGAGAGCUCCUGCGAUGAUCAAUUUGGAAUCCGACACGCGACAAUGCUCCGAGAUGCGACGUCGUCAACGAAUGUCAUGAUAACGAGAGAUGGCGUGGCAAAUUUAGAGCCCCUAAGACGGCAGUACGAUCGCAGAGUCUCGGCGGACAAAUUUCUCAAUUCACCAGUGAAAAUUAAUGGAUCGGAGGACUGCGAUACGAGGACAGAACACCUCAAACAGCAUCUGCGAUGUGCCAAAGAGAUUCUCUCGGUUGCAAGCGAUUACGUCGGAAGUGACGCUAGCACUGUUCUAGACAACUAUUCCGAAAGUAAUUCCAGCACCUAUCAUGGUAGCUUAUUUUCUCAACACAGCAGUAUAUACAGCCAGAGCGAGGGUAUCGAUGCUCUAACACAAGCUUUUGGAUCGGUUGUCGGACUAGAUGAGACUCGAAGGAGGUCUAUUCACUGUUGGAUUCCUGGGACAGUGACGGAAGAAGAUGCGGCACAGCCCCUUGAACAGGAAGAUGAUUUCGAGAAGCUUUUGUAUCAAAUUCGUUAUCGGAAAGCGGAGGAAGCCCUACGAGACAAGAGGUAUUCUGAGGCCGAAUCCCUAUUGACGAAAUGCAUCACCGGAAAACACGCCAUGGACUCUUAA